AGCCAGAGUCUUCUGUGUGACCUUUCACUGCUGUGUGCGACCAUAGGCCAUAACAGGGAUGACUGCAAAAUCAGAGCUAUCAAGCUGGCCUGAGUUCCCAGAGGAUUUCAGCAUGGCUCACAUCGCCUCCAAAACUUGGAUUUCGUCGAACUCACUCCAUGCCUUCUCCAGGAGGGACGGAGCUGCAGCCGCGGGCCUCUCACUAGAGAAACAUGGGCCAAUGGGCAUCACAGAGACAGACUCUGACCGAGCAGCGGAGGGGGGGCAGGUGAGCCACUUUGGCCCGCAAAAACAUAGGCGCGUCGCAGCCAACGCCAGGGAGAGGAGGAGGAUGAACGGCCUGAACCAAGCGUUUGACGAGCUGAGAAGCGUCAUCCCCUCACUGGAGAACGAGAGAAAGUUGUCCAAGUAUGACACCUUACAAAUGGCGCAGAUUUACAUCAAUGAGUUGUCGGAGCUGCUGACUGGUGUGGUUCACCCGGAGUGCAGGAGUCCCGCGGACAAGAUGAGUCUGAUCCACUCUCUCACUGCGCAAAGCCCUCUGAGCGGAGAACAGAGGGACACCUCAGUUGGACACAUUAUUAUAUUUGGAUCUGACUCUAAUCAAUCAAUGAGUUCUUCCAACGGCAGUGAUGGGGAAUCUUUGCACCUCAGUGACAUGGAGGAAAGUCUGAGUGGAAGACAGUGACAGAAAGCUUCUUAUUCUGCAGUGUCUGUUAUUGGACCAAAUAUUACAGCUGUAUGUUGGUCAUAUCGGAUAGACUAAUAUUUUCCUGUCAUUUUAAUAGUGUAGAGAUGAUGCACUGCCAAUGAAGAAACGCCAACUGAUAUUUGUACUUCCUAAGGCCAUGGUGAACUCCCAAAGGCCUUUUUAUUGCACUUUAUGGCCUGAACCAUCACCACAUGUGUCUAAAUUAUAAAAACAAUUAUUUUGAUAUUUAUGUAUAGCUAUGGGGUAUUUUAUGAGAGUUGUUUUGCU